UCGGCGCCACCUUGCGUAGGUUCCGGGAAGAGGAGGAGGCUCAUGCUGGCGUCGCUAAGGGCGCCCAUGGAACCCAACCUGCACUUCGGGAUUUCCGAACGUCAAUCCUUCUUUCGAAGAUUUCUUCAGUGGAUGGAUUUAUUAGAUCCUGUAAAUCUGUUUAUUUCAAUUGGAAGCAUAGAAAAAUCAAGACAGCUGUUGUUUACCACAGAAGACGCAUCCAAACACUACCUGGAUGACAAAAGGAUUAAAGACGCAUGGAAUAGGAGUCUUUCAUCUGUACACCCUGACAGCAGCAAGUUGAUCCCCACUCUUUUCCGACCUGCAGCUUUCCUGCCUGUGACAGCACCCAUGGUAGUUCUGUUAAUGAUGCCAGCUACUGGAAUGAAGUCCAUCGUUUUAACUCAGGCUUGCUUGUACGGAUACACCACACCCUUUAACAUCAUCAAUGGAAAUGCCAGUUAUAGUCAUGGACCAGUAGAGAGAGCAGUUUUGGGAGCAGGGGUGUUUGUGUCUUCAACCUUCUUUGGAUUAAUCCCUCAUCUCUUUCAAAUGAAGUAUCCCCUGAGUAACUUUUGGCUUAAAAGAGCCUUACCAAUCGCCUUUCUUGCCCAAGUCAGUGGAAUGAAUGUUUUUGCAUCCCGAAGUUUUGAGAGCCACCGAGGCAUUGAGGUGAUGGACAAGGAAGGUCAUGUUGUUGGCUAUUCCAGAAAAGCUGGAAGAAAGGCUAUUGAAGAAACAGCAUUCUCCAGGGCAGUGCUGUUUGGGACCUCAGCCCUGGUUCCUGAAGUCUUUAUCCACUUCUUUAAAAGGACCCAGUUUUCCCCACAAAGCUCGUUUUCAUUAAUGACCUUGAGAAUGGGUUGUACCCUGUUUAUGAUGGGGCUGAUGGUGCCUGUGUCAUUCAGCAUGUUUCCACAAAUCGGACAGAUCCAGUGCAGUCAGCUUGAAAAGACGAUUCAGUCAUCUACAGAAGAAAAAGAGCUCUUCUAUAACAGAGGAGUGUAGGGUCAGGCAAGUUUGGCUUCUGUCUGGAAAUCUUUAGCCUGUCAAGGUUCAUUUAGAGAGCACUGCUGUGUCCUCUGGGUUCCCAGCAAUACCUGUGCAGCACCUGGGGUUUUGAGACUGACUGAAAGAAGAGCAACACCCAGGAAACUGCUGAACGAACAGUGAAUGAAGUAAGAAUCAGCCUAGUAAAAGAUAGUGUAAACCUAAUAAACUUACUUAAAGUUGA